AUGUUCGACAUCAAGAAGACGUUCAAGUGCUUUGGGUUGAAGGCUCCUGGGUCCAGGUUUAGGCAGUUGGAGGCGGACGAGGCGACGCUGGACGUCCGAGACCUGGCGGCGGGCGAGUCCGCGGAGCAGUCGCGAGUGCCGAGGUCGGCGUUGGGCUGUUUUUUGCAGAAAAUGAAGCGUGGCUCUUCUUUGACAGGUUUUCAGAAAAAGGGCCUCUCGCGCCGCCGGAGCGGUCGCGCCUUGUCCGAGGCGACGAGGGGCGCGCUGGACUUGGACACGCGCCCCGCGGACGACCGCGAGGGGUGCGCGCGGUCGGCCAAGAUCCGGAGGGCCGAGCGCGCCGGCGAGCUGAAGAAGACGACGGCGAAGACGCCGCCGAGCGCGACUCGCGCUCGGACUCGGAAGGGCAGCGGGAAGCGACGAACGGGGGAGGCGCGGUCGCCGCCCGACCGGGAGCACGAGCCGGCGACCGAGCCCGGAAGCGGCCCCCGGGCGUCGUCGAGGGGGAGGGGGAGUCCCGACGGCGCCGAGGGGGCGCUCUUGCGGAAGUCUAAGGAAAAGGGGCGAGACGGAGGAGAAAGCAGGAAAAAAGCGGCAAAAUGCGGUCCGACGGGGAGAUCGCGUCGUCCGAACGGACUGCCGCCCACCGCGGAGAAGGGCGGCGGGAGCGAGAACGCGGUGCUCGCGCGUGCGGAUCAAGACGUGACGGUGACACGGGUUGCGAGGGGCGACGAGCGCCACAAAAAGAGCAGAAGGUACGCGAAGAAGAUCAUCGGCAAGCUGAGUCCGACUCUCGUCCUGCUGCUUCAACGGGCACUCGAGGGGACGCCUCAAGUAAGGAGGACGCGCGAGGCGGCGCCGGACGGCGCACGGUUGCGGCUCGUGCUGUCCACGACGGCCGGACGAACGCGGCGCUCAGUCACGAACGCGAUCGCGAGUUUUUUGGACUGUUACGUCAGAAAACGGCUCGCGAUGCACGCGCUCUGUCCCCCCCUCGCCACGGCGGAGGACCAGCCGCGACCCGCUCCGCUGCGACGGCAUUCCGCACCAAGGGCGCUCGGCGCGGAGCGGUGCUUGCCGAGGAAGAGACCCACCACCCCCAAAACGCCGCCGGUGAAGAGCGCAGACGCGGCGGAACGCGCGAACCACCACUCCCGCUCAAAAACUCGAACCCCCGUCGAGGUCCGCUGGACGAAGAGCGCGUCCAAAUGCCGGCGGCAAUCUACCAGCGCGCUCAAGAGACCGCCGACGCCCACGUCCAUCUCCCCCCCUAAGGUCGGCCUCAGCGACUUCAGGAUCAUCAAACUGAUCGGCAAGGGCGGCUUCGGCGAAGUCUACCUCGCAGAGUACAUACGCAGCAAGAAGAUGAUGGCUCUGAAAGUGCUGGACAAAAGACUCUCGGUGGCCAAGAAAAAGCAACAACUCUUCAACGAACACGCGGUCCUCUCCAAGAGCUGUCAAACGCCGUUUCUGCUGAGCCUCUACUACUCGUUCGAGUCGGAGCACUACGUCUACUUCGCCAUGAAGUACUGUCCGGGCGGCGACCUGAGAACGCUCCUCAACGUCGUGGGCGCCCUAGACGAACAAGACGCUCGGUUGUACAUGGCCGAGGUCAUCUACAGCGUCGACGCUCUGCACAAGCUGGGAUACAUCCACCGCGACCUGAAACCGGACAACUUCCUCAUCGACAAAAACGGCCACCUCGUACUCGCGGACUUCGGCCUCUCGAAGGAAAACCCGCAGCCCUACUACGGCGCCAACUUGACGCCGCACUUCAAGCGUGAUGACCACUCGGCCACGAGCAGCAUCCUGUUGGGCGAACAGCAACUUGACGUGUUGAACACGGACAACCUUUACUCGAAAUUCAAGCGCACCAGAACCGCCGCCGCCUCUGCGCAAUCGACCUCCAACGCAGACCCCGUCGCGCCACGCGGCCCGGACUCGGCGCCCACCCAUCACCCAGCGCUGGCAAAGACGCCCCCACCUCACACUCCGCCUCCGGCGACCAGCUCGCCAUCCGGAAAAUAUCACCGCGACUCGACCCCGCGCAAAUCCCCCCUCUCCCCCAACCCACUCACUCCGCAGCAAAGGAGAGUCAUGGCCUACUCAAUCGUCGGCUCUCCAGACUACAUGUCUCCCGAAGUCCUAGCCAAAAACGGCUACGGCUGCGAAAUCGACUGGUGGAGCAUCGGCUGCCUGUUCUUCGAACUCACCAUGGGCGUCCCACCCUUCUUCGCCGACACGGUCGAAGGCGUCUUCUACAACAUCGGCCACUGGGAAACCAAACUCCCAGAAGUUCUAAGGCAGUGCGACCAAUCUCUGUCUCCAGAGUCUCUCGACCUCAUCACCAUCCUGCUGUGCAAGUUCGAGUCUCGCGCAAAGCUCAGGGGCAUCGAGAACUUCAAGCACCACCCCUACUUCAAAAACAUCUCAUGGGACAACCUCUACUCCCACACGCCACCAUUCGUCCCAAUCCUCAGGGACAUCGAAGACACGUCGUACUUCCAACCAAUGACAAUCAAAGAACAAAAAAUGAUACCCGUCGAUCUGCUGUCGAGGAGAAGCUGA